CCGGAGAGAUACACCGCCGUUACAUGGCCGCGACAUCAAACUCAGGCGAAGAUCCGACUCUCUCUUAUCACCAUCACCGAUCUCCUUUUCGCUUCGAAUUACUUCAAUCUAUCUCUUCCUCUGAUCCUCUUUACUCUUCUCUAACUCCUUCUUCAACGAAUCGACCUUUCUCAGUCUCUCAAUCGCUUCCCAAUUCACAACAGUCUCCUCUAAUUUCAUCUCACUGGGACGAUUCUUACUCUCAAAUCACUCAGAAAGUUCAAAAGAGUAGAAAGAAUCAUCGAAUUCAGCUGGGAUCUAUUGCAAACAUGGCUGGAGAAAGCAUUGAUAUAGCUAAAGUAAUAGUGAAACAAGAGUCUUCUCCUCAAGAUAUUAAACGUGUAUACAACAAGUCAAAGGGUACUAAACAGUUAAAGGCUGGGAAGCGGGCGAAUGGCGAAGCACAGAAUGGUGGCUUAAAUGGAACUAGUAUUAACUGUCGUUAUGAUAGUUCUUUAGGGUUGUUGACGAAGAAAUUCGUCAAGUUGAUCCAGGAAGCUGAGGAUGGAACACUUGACCUUAACUAUUGUGCAGAUGUUUUGGAGGUACAAAAAAGAAGGAUAUAUGAUAUUACAAAUGUCCUUGAAGGAAUUGGAUUGAUAGAGAAAACUACAAAGAACCAUAUCCGCUGGAAGGGUGCUGACAAUCUUGGACAGAGAGACCUGGGAGAUCAAAUUGCUAGGCUUAAGUCAGAAGUAGAGAGUAUGCAAUCUGAGGAAAGCAGGUUGGAUGAUCUUAUAAGGGAAAGGCAAGAAGCUCUCAGAUCCUUGGAGGAAGAUGAAUAUUGUAGAAGGUACAUGUUUAUGACGGAGGAAGAUAUAACGAGUCUCCCACGGUUUCAGAACCAAACAUUACUAGCAAUUAAAGCUCCUACAGCUAGUUACAUCGAAGUUCCAGAUCCUGAUGAGAUGAGAUUUCCGCAACGACAGUACCGGAUGGUGAUUAGGAGUAGGAUGGGGCCGAUUGAUGUCUAUCUUUUAAGCAAAUACAAAGGAGACAGUGGGGAAACAAGUGACAAGUUGGGUCAUGAGUCUGAUCAAAAAGCUCCAUCUGGAGUGGACACUCCUUCCUUGAAAAUAGUAACUUCAGAUACUGAUUUAAAAGCAGAUUACUGGUUCGAGUCAGACGCAGAGGUGAGCCUCACAGAUUUAUGGAGCAACUUCAGCAGCUGAGAACAAAGUUAUUUGAAACCUCCAAUUCCAAUUACUGGAGGAUGAAUAAUAUAAAUUUUCAUGUUAC